AAUUAAAUAAACAUAAAAUCGACAUAAAGUCAACAUAGAAUUCGCACUUAAAGGCAUACACAGCGCGCGAAAAGAUAUCCCUCUCGACAAAUGUAGAUUCUGUUCACAUGGCACCCAUACCAUACAUAUUUAUAUUUGCAUGAUAUCUAUGUAGUAGACGCGAGUUUGUGAUUACAACAAAAUUACAAAAAACUGAAGCACGAGACGAGUGUUGCAUACAAUAAAGAAAGAGUCUUGGGUGUUUUGGGGCAGCAUAAAAUCGAUUCGGAGUGCAUUUGUGUGUGGGGUGUGGGAGUGUGUGCUGUGCUGUGCUGAAAUUACAUGCAUGUGUAUCUUUGUGGCAACGCAAAUGCAAAGAAGCAGCAGCAAGCUCACGCGCUUCUUUUCCCCUGCCCCCCUACCUAGAUAAAAGUUGUAAAUCCAGCAAACCCCAUCCCAUCCGUUGGCUGAUUGUAAGAAAGUGAAACAAACAAAGGAGCCCCAACCUGUGACAAAAUCAGCCUUUAAACUAUUCAGUUCGUUCGCCUACCUUAAGAUACAAAUAGCAACAGUGCUGGAGAGACCGACCACGCACGACGUGGCAAAAGCAAAGAGUAGCAGCAGCAGCAGCAGCAUCAGCGGACAACGUCGUCGCAUCGUCGCCGUCGUUGUUGACAAUCUCUCAAUUAUAGAACCUCAGGGCAUUUGCCGCUAGCGGGCGACCAAAUGCAUAGACAACAUAUGUUGCACUCACGAGCAGUUCAAGAUCAAGAGCCGCAGUCAAAGCAGUUGCGACCACGACCGUUUGUUGCAUACUACAUACGCUCAUAGGAGAGCGGCAAGAGGGCGAGAGGGAACACCACCCAGUAUCAUCCCAGUAUCCAGCAUCCCUGUGCUUAGGCAGGGACGGGACCGGAUCGGACACCACAACGGGCUCAAAGGCGAAGAGCCGCACGGAAGAAGGACAAGCAAACAGACAGAGAAACGACAAGAUGAUGAAACGCACCCGUGUCGACGAGGUGCAGUUCGGGACACGUCCUGGCCCACCAGCUCCGGGCGUUGUCGGCGUUGGAGUUGGAGUCGCUGGCGUCGGCGUUGGCGUUGGUCCUACUUCCGGCGUCAGUGUCGGCGGUGUUGGAGGCUCCGCCACCGUGGGCGUAAACACAGGCGUAACCAUUGGCACAGUUGUGCCAAGUGCUCACAGUGCCACCAUUAGCGGCAUCAGUUCCAUACACCAUCGCAUCCUCACUCCACAGCAUGGCGGUGCCCAGACCAUAGCCUAUUUGCCGUCCACCACGCCGACGGCAACGAAUCUGAAAACAACUAGUUCAAUUGUUGACAGCACCAGCAGCAGCAUCAACACCAGCGCAGGAGGAGCCCAGGUGGCCACUGUAGGAGUGGGAGUGGGAGUGGGAACUGUAGGAGCAACUGGUGCUGCAGGAGGAGCAGGGGGAGGAGUAGUUGUAUCCACUGGCAGCGCCGGCACACAAACACUGCAGUAUACCACAUCCUACAGCGUGGCCUCUAUCCAGGCUGGAGGAACUCUCAAGGGAAGCACAACGGCGGACGGUGGCAACACCGUGCAGAUUCAUGUAACAGGAGGAGGAGGAAUAGUUGGAGGAUCCGCUAACCCCUCCAAUGCCCAGACAGUCUCGAGCAGCUCGCAAACGGCCAGCAGCACCAUUAGACAGCGUACAAUAAGCGGCACACAGACCGCGGCCAGUGCCGUCAGCAAUCUCACAUCGAUGGCUCAACAUCAGACUCCUGGCAGUCUGCCCCAGACGGCCCAGACACCACCCUCAGCUGGUGCUGCUGCUGCCCAACAGUCGGGCAAUAUUGUGGCAGGGGGCAGUAGUACACCACCGCAGGGACAGGGCUCUGGUGGAGGAGGAGGAAAUGCCACACCACGUCUGAAGGUAGAGGAUGCCCUCAGCUAUCUGGACCAGGUGAAGUACCAGUAUGCGGACCAGCCGCAGAUCUACAACAACUUCCUCGACAUCAUGAAGGAGUUCAAGUCGCACUGCAUCGACACCCCGGGGGUGAUAGAGCGCGUUUCGACGCUCUUCAAGGGCCAUACUGAGCUGAUCUAUGGCUUCAAUAUGUUUCUGCCGCCCGGCUACAAAAUUGAGAUCCAUUCCGAUGCCCUCGGCUGCUCGGUGCCGGUGGUAUCGAUGCCCUCUCCCCCUGGUGCACCCACCAGCACUGGGACGGUGCACAUGAUAGCUGGCGGCACCAGCAGCCCCUUGGCCAGCGCCGGCCACAACGUGAAGGCCACACUGACUGCCGCCGCAGGAGGAGGAGCUAUUGCGGCCGGAACAGCUGCCGCUGCGGCAGCCGUGGCACAAAUCCAAUCGGCAGGCGCUGUCAAUCUGAUGACCCAUGGCGGUGCAUCGCUCACCCAGACCACGAUUCAUGCCCUGCAGCAGGCCACUCCACCGCAGUCUCAGUCCCCAGGGCAUGUUCAUGUGAGCGUGACCAGCUCCCCAGCGCCAGCGGUGUCCGUGGCUGGAGGACAGACGCCAGGGGGCAUCUCCGUGUCGGCGCACAACAUGCCACAGAAUUACUCGCGGGAUCGAGAGCGGGCCACAAUCACACCAACCGCCGGUCAGGUGGUGGCAGCGUCGGCGGCUCCUGCAGCGGCCAGCAGUAUUGUUGUGGGUGGUGGUCCGCCCACUCCCAAUUCCUUGAGCGAACUAAGUCCACACGGUGGUGCCGGAGCUGGUGGCGGAGCGGGUGCCCAGCACAAUCUGCAUCACAUCCAGCAUGCGCAUCAAUUGAUAUUCCUGGGCGAAACGGGCCAGCAGAAUCAGCCAGUCGAGUUCAAUCAUGCCAUAACCUAUGUAAAUAAGAUCAAGAAUCGGUUCCAAAACCAGCCGGCCAAGUACAAGAAAUUCCUGGAGAUUCUCCAUGCCUACCAGAAGGAGCAGAAGGUGAUGAAGGAGGGCAGCCUCAAUCAAGGGAAAAUGCUCACCGAACAGGAGGUCUACACACAGGUGGCCAAGCUCUUUGGCCAGGAUGAGGAUCUGUUGCGCGAAUUCGGACAAUUCCUGCCCGAUGCCACCAAUCAUCAGUCGUCGGGCGGCGGCCAGUACAUGGCCAAGGCCUCGGCGGUGCACCUCAAUGAUCACAGUAAGCAGCAACCACAGCAGCGUACCACGGCCACACUGAGUGGCGGGGCACACAUUACCAUGUCGAGUGCCUCGCCAGCGCACAGCAUUGGCUCGCCGCUCCAUCUGAGUGGUGGGGGCACGCUGCCACAGACGCUCGACAGCAGCGCCCAUGCGGCGGCCAUUGGCAAUCUAUCGGCGGUGAACACCAGCGUCAGCAUCAAGACUUACAACAACAAUCAGCAUCAGCAGCAGCAGAACCAUGUGAUUGCUUCGCAACGGAAUGACCUACUCUUUGAGAAGGACUAUCACGGUGUGUCGACAGCCAGCCUGCAACAGCAGCAGCAGUCGCACCAGCGUGGAGUUGGCGUGGCCCAUCAUCAUUUGGCGGGGACGACAACUGGAGCCGCCAAUAUACGAGCUGGCGCCGGCGGAGGCAGCGUUAUGGUGGCUUUUGAGAAGGAGCAUCGGAACAAUCAUCAUGUACAGAAGUAUGUGGGUGGACACUCGCAGAACCUGAGCCUCUCGCACCAUGGCCACAAUGCAAAAAAGUCGCCCAGCUAUGGCCUGUCCUCGGGGAUUGGAUCCUUGCCGCACCUAUCCGACAAUUCUCUGGACCGCAGCUCGCCGGGCAUCAGUUAUGCGGCGACCACCGUCCUCACCGCUGGCCAUCAUGCGGGUCAGAACAACUCUGCAGCAGCAGCAGCCGCCGCCAGACGGCAGGGCGUAGGCGAUGAUGGUGGCCUGUAUGGAAGCGGAGGGGGCGGCGGACCACCGCCGGCCAAGAGAUCCAAGCCAUUUUGCAGGGAUGUCAGCUUCUCGGAGGCAUCCAGCAAGUGCACCAUCUCGGAUGCGGCCUUUUUCGAUAAGGUACGCAAGGCACUGCGCAGUCCCGAGGUGUAUGACAACUUUCUGCGAUGUCUGACGCUGUUCAAUCAGGAAAUUGUGUCCAAAGCGGAACUACUGGGACUCGUCUCUCCCUUCCUGAUGAAGUUUCCCGAUCUGCUGCGCUGGUUCACCGACUUUCUGGGCCCACCCGUUGGCUCGGGCCAGGGCCAGGGUCAGGUGGGGGCAACAGGAGGCGGAGGACUUAUCGAUGGCAUGCCCCUGGCGGCCACUCAACGGCAGGGCGGCAGCAGCAACAGCAGCUCCCAUGACCGAGACCGCGAACGGGGCAGCAAUCAUCCCACGGCCGCUGAAUAUGUACAAGAUGUCGAUCUGUCGGCGUGCAAGCGACUCGGCGCCUCCUAUUGUGCCUUGCCGCAGUCAUCGGUGCCGAAAAAGUGCAGCGGCCGGACAGCCCUGUGCCGUGAGGUGCUCAACGACAAGUGGGUCUCAUUUCCGACGUGGGCCAGUGAGGAUUCCACAUUUGUCACGUCACGCAAAACGCAAUUCGAGGAGACGAUUUACAGGAAUAUUCACAGAACGGAGGACGAGCGAUUCGAGCUAGAUCUGGUCAUCGAGGUGAACAGCGCCACCAUUCAGGUGCUGGAAGGUGUCCAAAAGAAGAUGUCGCGCAUGUCCAGCGAGGAGUUGGCCAAAUUCCACUUGGAUGAUACACUGGGCGGCACAUCGCAAACGAUACACCAGCGUGCCAUCCAUCGGAUAUAUGGCGAGAAGUCGGGGGAGAUAAUCCAAGGCAUGAAGAAGAAUCCCUCGGUGGCUGUGCCUAUUAUAUUGAAACGGCUGAAAGUCAAGGAGGAGGAAUGGCGGGAUGCACAAAAGGGCUUCAACAAGCAGUGGCGCGAGCAGAACGAAAAGUAUUAUCUCAAGUCGCUUGACCAUCAGGCCAUCAAUUUCAAGCCCAACGAUAUGAAGGCCCUCCGCUCCAAGAGUCUCUUCAAUGAGAUCGAAACGCUGUACGAUGAGCGGCACGAUCAGGAGGAUGAUGCCAUGGAGCAGGCGGGGCCGCAUCUUGUGCUGCCCUACAAGGACAAGACCAUACUGGACGAUGCCGCCAAUCUGCUGAUCCAUCAUGUCAAACGCCAGACGGGCAUACAAAAGCAGGAGAAGCAGAAAAUUAAGCAGAUCAUACGACAAUUUGUGCCUGAUCUGUUCUUUGCACCGCGACAGCCGCUCAGCGACGAUGAGCGCGAUGACGCCUUUCCAUUUUUGGCAGAUGACAAUAACAAAAUGGACGUAGACCACUCGCCGCUGAGUCGAGCCGAUUCGGUGACUCGAAAUGCCAAGGGAUCGCCCAGCGAGGGCGGAUCUCCUGCACGCAGCACUGCGAGCACCAGCAGCAGUGCGGCGGCGGCAGCGGCAGCCGUUAAAAACGAAGCUGAUGAGCUCAAGGCGACGACGACGACGGGAUCAGGAGUCACGGCAGCAUCAUCAACUACGACGACAACAACAACAACAACAACGACGACGACGGCGACACCAGCUAGUUCAGCUUCAGACGAUGCAACGCCAUCAACAUCUUCAGCUGCGGCAGCAACGGCAGCAGCAUCAGAGUCCAAGGCAAAGGAUGAGCCCCCGUCUAACCGAGAUGAGGCAGGCAGCACCACCACCAGCACAGGCAGCGGAGUGUCCAGUCCAAGACCAGGACAAGACCCAGCAGCAGCAGCAGCAGUAAAUCCCAGCGAUGUGGAAAUCAAGCAAGAGCAGCAUCAUGCUGAUUUUGUCCAUCCAAAGCUGUUGCCACAGCAUGCUCAGGGCCAGCAUGAGGAUGAAUCCUACUCGCUGUUCUUUGCCUCCAACAACUGGUAUCUGUUCCUGCGCCUACACGCGAUUCUCUGCGAUCGUCUGCAUCAUAUGUAUGAGCGGGCACGGCUGUUGGCCAUCGAGGAGGAGCGCUGUCGGGUGAAUCGGCGAGAGAGCACCGCCACGGCGCUGCGGCUUAAGCCCAAGCCUGAGGUUCAAGUGGAGGACUACUAUCCCACCUUUCUGGAUAUGCUCAAGAAUGUCCUGGACGGCAACAUGGACUCGAACACCUUCGAGGACACGAUGCGUGAAAUGUUUGGUAUCUACGCUUACGUAUCCUUUACCCUGGACAAGGUUGUGUCGAACGCCGUUCGCCAGCUGCAGUACUGCGUCACUGAGCGAGCCGCUUUGGACUGCGUGGAGUUGUAUGCCACCGAACAGCGACGCGGCAGCACUGGCGGCUAUUGUCGCGAUGCCCACAAAACGUUUGAGCGCGAGAUGUCAUAUCAGCGCAAGGCGGAGAGCAUGUUCAACGAAGAGAACUGCUUCAAGGUGUACAUUUACAAAAUUGACUGUCGCGUCACCAUCGAGCUGCUCGACUCUGAGCCCGAAGAGGCGGAUAAGCCGGCGCUAAAGGCACAGAAGUUCAGCAAAUACGUUGAGAGAGUGGCGAAUCCGGGUAUCGGCGGCAGUGGCAGUGGGAAUAGUGCGGCACUGAGCAGCGAGAACAUUGUCGAUGAGUCGGACAUCAAGACGGAGGAGGAGGAUGAAAAUGCCGAGCAUGCGCGAGGAGGUGGAGGAGGUGCACCCAAGGCGCGUUUCCUGCUGCGCAACAAGCGCCGGUCGCAGCUGCACGAGGAGCAAGUGCGCCAGUUAUUUGAUCAGAAGCGGAGCCGAAGUGAGCAUGCGGCAGCCGCAGGAACCACCACGACUAACGCUGCUGAGGCAGGCUCUGGCGGCGAUGCCAACCAUUCCACCAGCAGCAGCAGCGGCAACACCACCACCACCACCACCACCACCACCACCACCAAUAAUAAUAAUAACAACAAUAACAAUUGGGGCAAGCGUUUGCCGGAGAGGCUGGGCACUCCACAGGUGGGCCUGGCCGAGCAAUACGCAUUCAACGAUCGCGACGAGAUCACCACAAAUUCCAGCAACGGCCGAUGCUUUGUGACCAGCAAGAAUCUCAAGCUACUCAAGUACGAUGCAGUGCGUCGUGCCAAGAAGAGUCAUUGCCGCGUCACGCAGGCGAAAUAUGUGCGGUAUCAGGCCUACGUCAACAAUUGGCUGCAGCAGCACGUCAGCGAGCAACUGCAGCAGAACUGCAGCGAUUGGCUGCUGGGCAAGACGGCGGAUCAGAUCAACGCCAGUGGCUGGGGCGCCACCUGCAAGACCAAGCCGCUGCAGCAAAAGGAUACGUCCAAGACCCCGUAUCGUGUGUACACGAGAUACAAAGUCAUCCAGCUUGGCGGCAAUGCGACGGGCGGCAGCGGCUCAAUUGGUGGUAUGAUGGGCGGAACGGGGACAUCAGCAAUCGCUGCAAAUGCCUCGGUGGCAGCAGCAACAACAUCAUCAUCGGUUACCAGUGUGUUGGCCACCGCCAUGUCUUCCAACCAUCCUCUAGCCAAUAGCAGCAGCAGCAGCAUUUUGUCAACGGACUCGACCUCCACCCCCACUGCCCCACAGCAGCAUUGCAACAGUGCGGCAGCAGCAGCGGCAGCGAACACGAAUGCCGCCGAGUCACUGCAGCAGGUGCGUCCCAUGGAGAGCUAACCGGAACGGACAGCAGCAACAGGAGCGGGAGCAUGGUCAGAUGCUGCCGCUGCCUGCAUAUGACGAUAAAAAAGAUGGAAUAGAAGAUUUGUCUGUAUUCAAUAUACAAAUUUGAUUCUAAAUGUGAUACCAGUCGCAGUCCGGCGUGGCAUUGGAUAUUGGAUAUAUAUUUCAUCGAAACAAAGCUCUUUUUCACUUUGUACAAAAAGUCAUUUAAUCAUAGGCGUUUUGCUCCUAGACUAGAAUUUUCUAGGCUUACAUUAACUUGCAUAACUUUUAGCGUUAGAGUUCCACCUAUGGCAGAGCGCGAUUUGUUUUUAUAGAGGCGCCUUCUUUUUAUUGAGGUAGCAAUUAAGUCCUAAAGCCCCUUCUACCCACUAACAAAACCUAUCUUGUAGGCCCCGCCCCACAUGGAUAAGUCAUAUAUAUAGUAUAUACACAUGCAGCUAAAGCUAAAGCUUAAGCGUUUUGUGCACAGCAAACGGAACUAGUGAAGAGUUGUGCUAGCAAUUAGUAGAUUUCAAAACACGUCUGUUUAGAGCUCUAAGAUUUUAAUCUUUAACUUUUACCAAUGUGUGACGUGACGUGACGUAUUUUUAUACAAAAGGAAAUUCAGCAAAGGCCGCCACACACACACACAAACCUUGUACAAUUCCUUGUGAAUACUAUUAUUUUAUAGAUAUCUACGUGUUUAAGAUCCCUAAACAUAAGUUGUAAAAACGUAAUGAGCAGAUUAAAAAAGUUUAUCAAAAGUGAAAUGGCCUUUCAAACGAUGAU